ACCAACUUGAUCACAUACUUGGUACCACCAAGGAAAUCCCGCGAUAGUAGAGCUAAGAAACUUGCUUAUAUGUAUAUGCAUCGAUAAGUAUCCAGUGGGGAAGAUUGUUGAUUGGCGGCAAAAAGUCCGAAGAGAAAAGUGCAGUUGUUACGGCCCUGAGACACAACGUUGCCAAAGUGAAUGCUGAGUCACAUAUUCCGAGCGAUCUUUCCCAGCAAGGUGUACGUUUCGAUUCUCCGUGAAAAAUAUACAAUUAUUGCAUAAGUUGUAAUUUCGUGAAAUAAUUUUCGCCGAUGUUAUUGAAACGAAAAUGAUUUAAUGUGAAUGAUAAAUUGCGUCCAUAACGAGCCUCGAGGAUAUACGAGGAUUGGAGCACAUGUAUUUAGACGGGGUAUGCGUGAACUGUCAUCCCUCAGCAAGUUCGUGUAAUUUUAAAAGAUUUUUAAGAAUGCAGCUACAGUGUCACUGACAGUGAAGCAAUCAACGUGAUUCUAGAUAAUCAUAACGUGGGUUUGCAGAUUCCCGUUUUAUCGCUUGCGCGAGCCUACACCGAGUGCACGGGAGUUUGACGUGGCCCGUGUGUUUUGAGGUUAUUUUUAUACCCGUGUAACUGACCUAUACCCGACGAAGAAGAACUCUACGUCUUUAUUUCUCAACUGACAGUCCUGGUGUACGGUUGUCUCUCGAGUCUGCUGAUUAUACUCUUUUUUGCGUAUCUUGUGUGAUUGUGACAAUAUCUUGUAGAUUGGAGCGAUUGGAGUAACGAAAUCUUGAUAACCUCAAAAUGGAGUAGUUGUCAACACCCAGACCGGUUUUUCAUGUGAUUUAAACUUUUUUGUGAUCAGUGAUGUACUUGGUGUAGUGGUUUGUCUUUCGAGACAAUGAACAUUUGAUUGAAAGUGGAUAUGGACAUUUGAGACUGUGGUAUAAGAACUUUGCAACACAGUGCAUACCCUUAUCUUCUACAAUGUUUGACCUGCUUUUUGUACUUAACAUCAAAGUGAAGCCACUGUGACAACUGCAUAUAACCUAGAAAAAUUAUUUGAGAGUGAAGGAAAAUAUCUGUGAUAAAAGUUGGACUAAGGUAGUGCGUCAAAAUGUUGUGCCUGAAGAAACUAUACCGAGAAGAGCUUUUGCAGCUGGCAUUGCUGCUCUCGCUACUUCGUGUCGAUCCAGAUGCCUAUCUAGGAUUGGAUAUUCAAACAAUUGGAGUAGGAUCAUUGGAUCUUAACAAUGGAUCUGGGUGGCAUACUGAUGCUCAUACCAUUGUGCAUCGUCCUACAUAUGUACAUCCAAAGAACCUGGACUCGGUGCUGCUUAACUAUGAGAGAGAUUUAUUCGAAGACUUAAACUCGCUAGGUCGAUACAACCGGCUAAAUUCUGCUCAGAAUAAUAUUCAUGCAUACUUGCUAAAUAUCGAAGAUGCUGGGAGAAACAUCGCUGUGGCUGGGCCUAGCAUGCCUACAUCUAAUGACCCAUCUAGGAAUAUGACAUCGUCUGAUACACCUGACUCUUCAGAAACGCCUACAGAACCUGUCGGUGCUGCAGAGCUCACCCAAGAGGAUAUGGAUUUGAUCGAGGUACUAUGGAAGCAGGAUGUGGAUCUUGGAUUUACUUUGGCUCAGCCUGCUGCCCCGAACGAGAAGGAUGCCGGGGAAAUCGCAGAGGAGCCAGAAGAUGAUAAUAUAGAAAAGCUCAAGGCCCUUCAAGCAGCUUCGAAAAAGGAUGGGGAUAAGGAUGAGGCUAAGGAUGAUGAGGUACCAGAGGAAGAUCCAUGGGCAGGCUUACCCUAUACCAUCGACCUGGAAACCGGCGAGUACAUCCUAUCCGGAACUCAGAACGAAAGCGAGGACAGCCAAGACCUCCUGCAGGAGGCUGCCCUGGGCUUGGACAACCAAACGCUCGCAGGACUCGCAGAAGACACCUUGGGCCUGAACGUUACUCUAGGAUUGGGGAAUGACUUCGCAUCGGAUCUACUCGGGGGUAGUCUCCUAGGAGCAACUGGUGUCGAGGCUCUCUUGAGCAACGACUCCCUAGGUCUACCUGACGGUUUUAGCCUCGAGGAGGCUUUGGAGCUGGUUGGGCUCGAUGAGCCUGAGACAGCAGAGGAGACCAAGAAGGACCUAGAGAAGACGAAGGAGAAGGCAGCCCAGGUCACUCCUGAGACUUCGGAAACUGGAGAGGAAGAUUCAGCGGUGUCUUCCUCAGAGGACAAGGACAGUCCUAAUUUAUCGUCGGAAAAGGAACUUGAAUCCAGCGACAUGAUUCACACACCGCAAUUCCAUCAUCCUCAUCACCCUCAUCAUCGCUCCUUCCAGGGUCGCAUGCCGUUCGUACGUGCAAUGAGCAUGGAACAACGAUGGCAGGAUUUGGCUUCUCUACUGUCACUUCCGGGUGCGCCGGAUCACUUUGCGCAUCCUGGUCAUCCUGGUUAUCCAGGACAUGGGAUAAAUCACAGUCAUUACGAGGCCCAACGUAACGUACUGUUACACAAUGCCACCCUAGCUCCGCCUGUUGGAGAUCUCAACGCCACAGGACCUUAUCACAAUGUUGGGGGUCCAUCAAAUCUGGGAUCAGCCGUGGCGACAUCGAUGAACCUGACCAACAGCAGCGAACCAAUGGGUAAUGAAAGUGGUGCUGCUUAUAAAUCCGAACCCAACGACAUGAUGUACUAUCAUACUCCAGCUUCUGAUUCAAUAAACCAAACUACAGAUGGAUUUCUUUCGUCCCUUCUGAACGACGAGGAUCUACAUCUUAUGGAUAUGGCGAUGAAUGAUGGCAUGUACACCAUGCGCAUGCUGGAUAACAGCAGCAAUAAUGCCUCAGGACCCACUGGUGCUGCAGCUCUUCCUGGAGUGCAGUCAGCUGCUGGGGCUGCACCUAGUGCAACCGGCGUUACCACUCUUCCUGGGAUAACUGAUGAGAGGAUGGACGCCUCCAGUGACAGCGCUGUUAGCAGCAUGGGUAGUGAACGUGUUCCUUCUUUGUCUGAUGGAGAAUGGAUGGAAACUGGUUCAAACUCAAGUCAUACCCAAGCCGAUUCUCAUUACUCCAUGGACUAUGCUAGCAAGUAUCGUAUGCCAUACGAUUGCAGCUACACAGUUUCCGGAAGGAGCGGAGGCUCUCCGAGGUGUCAGACUGAACGUCCCAUGCCGCCGGUAGCACAGAAGAAACAUCAGAUGUUCGCCAAGAGAUACUUCCAAGAACAAGGAACCGGCUCACCUCUCGGUGCUAGUCCACAUCCUACAACACCAUUCAAAUACGAAUAUGAUACGCAGACGGUCGGUGCUGGUGCACCAGGAAAUGCGUAUUCUGGUCCCAUCGAAGGUGCAGCUGGUCCUCAGCCUGAAAUGAAGUUUAGCUGUAGCGUAGACUUCACUCGUCAUCAAUCUGGACGUUCUGCCAUCGAGCACGUUCAACACAAUCAUACCUAUCACCUUCCUGCGGAGAACUCUGGAUCAUUACAGCGUUCGUUAACACGUGAUAAAAAAGUUCGCAAGAGCGAAGGGGAAGAACAUUUAACCAGAGAUGAAAAGCGCGCCAGAGCGUUAAACGUACCAAUCCCCGUAAAUGAAAUCAUUAACCUCCCCAUGGAUGAGUUUAAUGAGCGUCUGAGCAAGUACGAUUUGAGCGAAACUCAGUUGUCGUUAAUCCGCGACAUCAGAAGACGAGGCAAGAAUAAGGUCGCAGCCCAGAAUUGCCGUAAGCGCAAGCUGGAUCAGAUAAUUAGCUUAGCCGAUCAAGUUAAGGAGAUGCGCGAUCGUAAAAUGAGACUCAUCCGGGAACGAGACUUCAUGCUUCUAGAAAGACAGCGCGUCAAGGACAAAUUCAGUCAGCUUUACCGUCACGUUUUCCAGUCCCUAAGAGAUCCUGAUGGUAAUCAGUACCAUCCGUACGAGUAUAGUCUCCAGCAGUCGGCCGACGGAAACGUCCUUCUUGUACCGAGAAACCAAACUAAUCCACAUCAUCCUCGUCCUUCGUCCAUGGAGCCGAAAACAAAGCCUGAUCCUGAACAAAAGGAAUGAAGGAAAUUAUGAAAAUUGGGCGACCAUCUGGACGCCCAAAGUGAUUGGUAAUCAGGAGACUUACUGACCCAGUAAAGUCUCUCUAUUCCGCGGUGAGAAAGCAACGCUGCACGCAGGAUAGCUUAUAUAUUUUAUAAAUAUUAACGGAUGAUAAUUGUCAAAUAAAGUGCAUUAUUUUCCCUCUUUGUCCUCACGCAACCUCCAACGUAAACAACGAAUAUAUAAUAUGAGUUCGCAGCGCUGUGUCGGAUGCGAAUCGAAGACUUGAUGAAUUUGAGCGUUCGAUUGUAGGAAUGUUAUAGCGGGCCUUUUUGGGAGGAAGAGUGGAUAAUCAAUCGGUAUGUCUACGUUAGAGUAAAUGAUAUUUCGGAAGUAUGAUUAUUUUAUAAUGUACUGCGUACUAGCGGGUGACCACAAACGUGCAAGUAGCUUGCUGAACGAUAUGCCGUAACAAAUGUCGCGAAUAUUUUUUUUUAUUUCAUAAAGAAAGAGAAAAGCCAACGGCCUUCCUUUUAAUUCUGCUUAUGUUUUCGUUAUGAAAAUAACAAGAAAACGCGAGUGUACAGCACGAAGUACAUUCAACUCGAAUUACCUCCAAUUGUGCGAUACUUGCAUAAACAGAGAGAAAAAUUAAGGAAAAACUGAAAAAAAUCCCCCUAAUUUCCCAUAGUUAGGGAUAAGUGAAAAGCGCGACCACAAUACAUAUAUCUCGAGGGAUAUAAUCGUGUUACAUAAUGUUUCAUAAUAAUUAUCACGGAUAAUAGUAGAAACAAUAAUAUAAAGGGAGACGUGAACACAAAGUAAUAACGUACUUGUUAUUGUUUUAUACGAAGGAAAAUGAAUAAAUGUGAAUUGUUUUACCGAAUGCCAAUGCGACAAUCGUGGGGUCACCACUAAUUGAUACCAUCCUCAGCUUUUCCUCAUCAUCCAAUGUACUCUUCCUCCUGCGUUAAUGCCACGAUAUAGCGAUAUACAACUCUUCUUUCAUACAAUUGCAGAAGGUAAACGUGCGUUCAUGCGAAUCAUGUGUUAUACCUCGAAUCUUAAAAUUUCAAUAUAUGCAAACAAGCAAAGCAAACUUUUUAAUGUUCUCAUGCAAUUCGCUAUUAUUUAUGAACGGUGUAUAUAUAAACACUGUCGAUAAAUGAAAAAAAAAAAUGUUAAAUUGCAUCAGAAUAUUAUAUAACUUUCAUAACACACUGUACAGCUUGCCAAUAUAAUAUAAUUAUAUAUACAUUAUACGCGCAAGAUAACUAGUCUAAUAAUCAGUGAUAUCUCCCUUUCGAUAACGAGACUUCUUCUAAUUACAAUAAUUCCUUCACACGCCGUCUAAUUAAUUGCAUUAAACUUUGAAACUUUUAGUGCAUGCACAUAUGACUGUUAUACGUAUCCUGACGCAGAACGUGCAUUUAACUUGAAGUGACAAUGAUGAACGUUAGUUGUUUGAUAAAAGGCAAAUGCUGGUGAAUUGUCUGCGACAAAGGCAAUAUUGUACCCGAGGCGAAUAGCGUUAAAAUAUUAAUUUUUUGUUUACGUUAUAAAAUUGCAAUCCGUUUGACGCUUCUUAUUUUCAUUGUUUUUAUAUGGAAGCACUAACGAUAACGAUAGUGUAUCAUACAACGACGCAAAUAUGUGGAUAUACUUACCGCGACGCUCUGCGCUCCUGUAACAUUAGUGAAACAAGUAAAUGAAGUUUUAUCGGUCGCGAUACGAACAAACUUAAUGAUAAAUAAACAUAUUUUUAUAAUGUAACAGACGAGAAACGUUCAGGUAUUUCACAUUUGCCUUUUUAUGUAUAUAUCGAUGUAGUUAGUAUAAUUUUCUAUAAAUAGUAUACAUAAAAGUCUAUAUAUAUAAAUAAACAGAUGGAGGCGCGUAUACGUUUGCAUAUACGCGGGGUUGUGUGUCUGCAAAUGUAUAUUUGCAUAUAUAAUUAUAAAAUGCUAUAUAUAUAUAUAUAUAUAAAUAUAAAUAUAUAUAAAUAUAUAUAUGUAUAUCAUAACGUAAAGAACACACAUUGCGGUUUCUAUCGAGAAUUAAUAAUCAGCUGUUUACUAAGGUUUACAUACAAUGAUUGUAUUCAUACUACUGGGUGUAGGAUGGCUUUUGCGUACCGUACCUGACGAGCGGAGAUCCGAUUGUUUAAGAAACAAAUAUUAACGAAGCUUCUUUGCACACAGGGAACAAUCUGCUUUGACGCCACCAAGGCAUUCGUUCGUUUUCAUCAAUUUAUUCGUUAUUAUUCAUGCAUCGCAAUUUGCCAAUGAUUAACGUUGAUCUCCACCCGUCACUCAAUUUAUAUAUUGUAUAAAUAAUGCUGAAAUAAACCUCUGGGACAAAAAAAAAGUGAAAUUCUCUGUAAAUGCAAAAUAAUAAUACAUAGGUAAGAAGACCUCUUCUCGUUUCGUUGCAGCAGGAGUAUUUUGUACCUAAAUUUGUAAGUCUUUUUCCUAUUUUCCUUAAGUACGAGGAAUUGACGCUCGUCCGCUUUUGAAAGAGUAAUGAGCGUGGUACAGGGGAAAAAAAAAAAUGAAAAAAGAAGUAAGAAAGAAGGAAACUGCCUCGCCUGUCAUAGAAAACUAGUGUUACGUUAAAUAAGUUAUAUAAAUUAUAAUGUUGGACCCAACCUAAGUAAUUGCGAUUACUCAUAAGCGAUAAUAACCCUAUGGCUAAUUGAAUAAUAAAAUGCAAAGCUGUAUGCUACACCUGA